AUGGUUGACAGGAGUGUGUCAAUGGAAAAUUUUACUCUUCUAAGUGUGAUCGGCAAAGGUUCAUACGGUAAAGUGCUUCUUGUAAGAAAAAAGGACACCGGUGAGCUCCUUGCCAUGAAAAUGCUUAAAAAAGACUACAUUGCUAGUCGAAAUCAAAUAGAACAUACCAAAACCGAAAGAAAUGUUCUUGAAAAAGUCAAUCAUCCAUAUAUCGUUAAACUGAAAUACGCUUUUCAAAACCCCAAAAAAUUAUAUUUUGUUCUUGAAUAUUGUCCAGGAGGCGAGCUUUUCUUUCAUCUUUCAAGAGCGCAAAGAUUUGACGAAGCAAGAGCUCGGUUCUAUGCUUCUUGUAUGGUUUUAGCUCUUGAGCACCUUCACCAGCUUAAUAUUGUCUAUAGAGAGUAAUUGUUACUUAGUCUUAAGCCUGAGAAUAUUUUAAUUGAUGCUGACGGAUAUGCAAAGAUAACAGAUUUCGGUCUGUCCAAAGAAAAUAUCACAGGAAACACUGGGGCAAAUUCCUUUUGUGGGACCCCUGAGUAUUUACUUCCCCCAUCCUUGAGCAAGCAAAGCAUGGGAAAAUUCCUAUUUUUGCAGAAAAAUAUAUUUAAUGUAGAAUUAAUAGCUAUGCAAAUGAAAUCUCGAGCUAAUUCUGUAGAAAUUUAAACAGCUUGGAUUACAAAACAUAAAUUUAGAAAUUUUACCUCAAAGUAUCAAAUUAACCCUCCAUGAGCGAGCAAAAUUUUUUACUUACUGGUUGAGGAGGUGGAGCUAGCACCUGAAGUACUGAGAAAAAUUGGGCAUGGAAAAGCUGUAGACUGAUGGAGUCUUGGAGCUUUGAUAUACGAAAUGCUAACAGGUCUACCUCCAUUUUACACAAGAGAUAGAGAAAAGCUGUUCCAUAGCAUUUUGAAUAGUGAAUUAAAUUUCCCAGGCUAUAUUUCACCUCCUGCAAAAGACCUCUUGCAAGGAUUAUUUAUAAAAGACCCAUCUCAAAGAUUAGGAUCUGGCCCAACAGAUAGUGAAGAAAUUAAAAGCCAUCCAUGGUUUGCAGGAAUUGAUUGGGUGAAGCUUCUAAACAAAGAAUGCCAGCCUUCAUUUGUACCAAACGUCAUAAGAGAUCAUGGGUUAAAUAACUUUGAAGAAGAAUUCAAAAGACUGCCGCCUGUUGAUUCUGCUGGAGCUGAGUCAAAAUUGCCAGCCCAAAGUCCAACUUAUCAAGGCUUUAGCUAUACUGAGUCAACUGACUUACAGUCAAAUGAUUUAGAGACCAUGGAUCUUGAAAGUUAA